AUGGGAGAAGGUGCAGAGGCAGUGCAGAGGGAGGGAGGGAGAUUCAGGGAAACAGCUUACCUCAAGGGAUCUCGCUCAAACACCUCCACGACUCAAGCCAGCUUCCGAGUCUCGGUAAUUCCUCAGGUAGGGCUCGGCUUCCUGAUCACUGGGUUACUCACUCGGAGAACAUCCAGUGAACUGGACCAGAGCACCCCGUCCAAGAACAGAACUGGACACAGGUCCACUCGGGAAACCUGCCUUUCUCAGUCUUGGCACAGACUGAUCCCGGAGGGGAUGAGGAUCGCUGGCAGUCUGUGUGGGAUCUUCCUGCUCUUUGUGCUGACGGUGAUCCUGGUGGUGAUCCCAACCCACCCUGCCGUGUUCUUCGGCAUCACCAUGACCAUCAUCUGGUUCACCAACUCGUUUGGUGCAGUGUUACAGGGAAGUUUGUUCGGCCUGGUCGGAAUACUGCCGGCAAAAUACAGCAGCAUCUUCAUGAGUGGCCAGGGAGUGGCAGGAAUGUUCGCAGCAUUGGCAUCUAUCCUGGCAAAGAUCAGUCGUGCCGAUGAGAACACCAUUGCCUUGGGCUAUUUCAUCACCCCAUGUGUGGUCAUCCUAAUCACCAUCAUUUUCUACUGCACUCUGCCUUACCUGGAAUUUGCAAAAUAUUACUUCAACAAAGAUCAUCCGAAUCACUGUUACGAGCUGGAGAGCAAGGCAGACCUAUUAAUGCACAAAGAGAAAAAUGGAAUGGUACCAGCCAACGGGAAGCAGGCAUUGGUCCAUCUCCAGGAAGCGGAUAUCCAAGAUGACCAAUCAGAGAUGAGCUUCAGUGUGAUCAAAGUGUUCCGGAAGAUCUGGAAACUGGCAAUCUCUAUCUGCCUUAUCUUUAUAGUGACCCUGUCUGUCUUCCCAGCCGUCACAGCUGAUGUCAGCUCUCACACCAAGCACGGCCAAUGGAAAGAAUACUUUAUCCCUGUCAGCUGCUUCCUCCUGUUUAAUAUUAUGGAUUGGGGAGGUCGGAGUGUCACUGCUGUCUGCUCCUGGCCCCGGCAGGAGAAUGCGGUGCUGCUGUUGGUGUUGUUGCGGUUUUCCUUCAUCCCCAUCUUCAUGCUGUGCAACGUGGGCCAGCGACAUUUCCUGCCCGUUCUCUUCACCCACGACGCCUGGUACAUCAUCUUCAUGUUCCUGUUCGCCUUCUCCAAUGGUUACCUGGUCACUCUCUGCAUGUGCUACGCCCCCAAGAAGGUCUCCCCGAGGGAUGCAGAAACAGCGGGAGCAGUGAUGGCGUUUUUCCUGGCUCUGGGUCUGGCCCUGGGAGCUGCACUGUCCUUCCCCAUUCGCCUGAUGGUGUGAGCUCUGGCUGGAUACUCCUGCCUUUCCUGGAGUCACCGAGCAGGAUUUGGCAGCUUGUUGGGAUUAACUGGGAUGGAGACUGGGAAUGGGUGCGUUCCUACACUGUCCAAGGCUCCCUCUGUCCCAGUCUCACUCUGGAUUAUUGUAAAUAAUAGCUGUGCUGCCCCUGCUGGUCAAUUCAAAUCAAUCUCUGACUGUACCCUGCGCUGUCCCUCCCCCACCACACCCUCUCCCCAGACAGACCCCCCUCCCCCUCCCCACCACACCCUCUUCCCAGACAGACCCCUCCCCUUCACCCUCCCCCACCACACCCUCUCCCCAGGUAGACCCCUCCCCCUACUGGUCCGGGAUAUCUCCCUGGUCCCGGACUGACCUCUCCCUCCUCCUGCUCCGGGAUAUCCCUGGUCGCUGACUGAUCUCUCCCUCCUGCUCCGGGAUAUCCCCAGUCCCUGACUGAUCCCUCCCUCCCUCCCUCUCUCCCUCUCUGGGAUAUCCCCCAGGUCCCUGACUGAUCCCUCCCUCCCUCUCUGGGAUAUCCCCCAGGUCCCUGACUGAUCCCUCCCUCCCUCUCUGGGAUAUCCCCGGUCCCUGACUGAUCCCUCCCUCUCCGGGAUAUCCCCGGUCCCGGACUGAUCCCUCCCUCUCCGGGAUAUCCCCGGUCCCGGACUGAUCCCUCCCUCUCCGGGAUAUCCCCGGUCCCUGACUGAUCCCUCCCUCUCCGGGAUAUCCCCGGUCCCGGACUGAUCCCUCCCUCCCUCUCUGGGAUAUCCCCCCGGUCCCUGACUGAUCCCUCCCUCCCUCUCCGGGAUAUCCCCGGUCCCUGACUGAUCCCUCCCUCUCCGGGAUAUCCCCGGUCCCGGACUGAUCCCUCCCUACCUCUCCGGGAUAUCCCCGGUCCCGGACUGAUCCCUCCCUACCUCUCCGGGAUAUCCCCGGUCCCUGACUGAUCCCUCCCUCUCCGGGAUAUCCCCGGUCCCGGACUGAUCCCUCCCUACCUCUCCGGGAUAUCCCCGGUCCCUGACUGAUCCCUCCCUCUCCGGGAUAUCCCCGGUCCCGGACUGAUCCCUCCCUCUCCGGGAUAUCCCCGGUCCCGGACUGAUCCCUCCCUCUCCGGGAUAUCCCCGGUCCCGGACUGAUCCCUCCCUCCCUCUCUGGGAUAUCCCCCCGGUCCCUGACUGAUCCCUCCCUCCCUCUCCGGGAUAUCCCCGGUCCCUGACUGAUCCCUCCCUCUCCGGGAUAUCCCCGGUCCCGGACUGAUCCCUCCCUACCUCUCCGGGAUAUCCCCGGUCCCUGACUGAUCCCUCCCUCUCCGGGAUAUCCCCGGUCCCUGACUGAUCCCUCCCUCUCCGGGAUAUCCCCGGUCCCGGACUGAUCCCUCCCUCUCCGGGAUAUCCCCGGUCCCUGACUGAUCCCUCCCUCCCUCUCCGGGAUAUCCCCCGGUCCCUGACUGAUCCCUCUCUGUCCUGAAGCUUGCUGUAUGAAUGGAAAUAUUUGAACUGUGUGAUGCCUAAAGGCCAAAUCAGAUUUGGGCAGUGUUGGUUUUUUGUUUGUUUCUGCACAUGUGCCCGUUAAUAAUGGCGUACAACACUGGAUUCCUUCAAAUUAUUUUAUACAAGUAUGGGUUUUUUAAUUUAGUAAUAUUAAAACAUUUAAAACAA